AUGGCUGUUCAAGUAGUCGAGCAGACUAUCCUUCGGGAUCCGGCACUCUUCUACUGGAUCUUGAUUCCCAUUUCGGUGGUCAUGAUCCUCACCGGUAUCUUGCGCCAUUACGCCACAUCUCGCGAGAGACAUGCUCUCCUCCGCGGCGUUAACCUGCGCAACCAUGCUGCUGCCGUUCUUGACCGUGAGGCCUUUGAGCAGCGAAAGACUUACUUGGUGAACGGCUUCCGCAAUGGAUCCUUCCUCAAGGACCCGGAAAACCAGGGCCAGCCCCCGGCUAAUCCUAUGACGGAUCCUGCAGGCAUGGAGGCAAUGAUGGGUAUGCUGAAGGGAAAUAUGAUGAUGAUGAUCCCCCAGACCCUGAUCAUGAGUUGGAUCAAUGCCUUCUUUUCUGGGUUCGUGAUCUUGAAACUGCCGUUCCCCUUAACUAUUCGUUUCAAGUCCAUGCUCCAGUCUGGUGUCAUGACUCGUGACCUGGAUGUUAGAUGGGUGUCUAGCCUGUCGUGGUACUUCCUCAACCUCAUGGGUUUACAGUCUGUGUUCGGGUUUAUCCUGGGCAGUGAUAAUGCUGCAAACCAGAUGGCCCAGCAAGUGGGUAUGGCCAACCCUGCCGCCAUGAUGAACCCUAUGCAACCGGGUCAAGACCCAGACAAAUUGUUCAAGAGCGAGGCGGAGAAUUUGGAAGUCAUGGAACACUUCUGUAUCCUGGACGGAGUAGAGGAGAAUCCUGCAGAACUUUGCUCCCGAGGCGAAAUAAUUGACUACUUGUGUGACAUCAAGUUGGUCUUACUGUAUGGUAUAUAG